CGCGUCCGACCUGAGCCACUCCUCUCCGCGGCCAGCACCGUCGCCUGACGCCCACCACAAAAAGUUCCACGGCGCACACAGAUAGUAGUACUGUAGUAGUAGCAUCUUUCUUCCACAGUUCCACCAACUUCGAUUCCACAGGUUAAUUGUAGUUCCUCCGCUGCUUCUGUCGAUCGAUCGAGAUCGCUUGCCUGCUUGCUUUGCGCCUUUGCUUGCGCUCUGCAGCCAUGGCGGCGCCGUCGUGGUCCUCUUGCUGCGCCUCCACCGCAGCUCGUCCUCUGCUUAGUCUCCCCCUUCCUUCCGCCAGCGGCAAGAGCAGGGAGCCAUGCCGGACAAGCAGCGGCAGGAAAACCCAGCGGCAGCUGUCCAUCUGCGCGGUGGCGGACGCGCCGCCCGCCGUGGACUACGCGGACAACGGCUCCGGCGCCGGCACCGAGGACGUGGCUUCUCUGAAAAUCAAGCUGCUGAGCGCGGUGUCCGGGCUGAACAGGGGCCUGGCGGCGACCCAGGAGGACCUGGACCGGGCGGACGCGGUGGCGAGGCAGCUCGAGUUGGCGGCGCCGGAGCCCGUGGACCUUGCCAAGGACCUCGACAAGCUGCAGGGGCGGUGGAGGCUGGUGUACAGCAGCGCCUUCUCGUCGCGGACGCUCGGCGGCAGCCGCCCCGGCCCGCCCACCGGCCGCCUCCUCCCCAUCACCCUCGGCCAGGUGUUCCAGAGGAUCGAUGUGGUGAGCUCGGACUUCGACAACAUCGUGGAGCUGGAGCUCGGCGCGCCGUGGCCGCUGCCGCCCGUCGAGCUCACGGCCACCCUGGCGCACAAGUUCGAGCUCACCGGGACAGCGAGCAUCAAGAUCGAUUUCGACAAGACGACGGUGAAGACGACCGGGAACCUGUCGCAGCUGCCCCCGCUGGAGGUGCCCCGCAUCCCCGACGGGCUCCGGCCGCCGGCGUCCAACACCGGGAGCGGCGAGUUCGAGGUGACCUACCUCGACGACGACACCCGCGUCACGCGGGGGGACAGGGGGGAGCUCAGGGUGUUCGUCAUCUCAUGAUCUAUCAAUUCAAGCCGAUUAUGCACCGCUGCUCUAUCUGUGUGUGUUGUCCGCAAUCUCUCCUCUCCGGCCGUGCUCCGGUCAUUUUUGCCCGUAAUUAACAGGAUAUAUCGUUCAAUCUCUUUCAUUUUGCAGUGCUCAGGAUGAUUUUUGUUGUAGGAAUUGUUAUAGCUGUAAUUCUCACAUCAGGAAACUUCUCAUGAUCGAGCUGAUUUUGCAUCGCUGCUAUCUGCAAUGCUAUAUCUCUUGUC